AUGAGGAGACGAUGCGUGAAACUACAGUUUCUACAUGGUGAUCAUGGCGAUCCUUCAAAUUUCGUACGAAUCCAAGAAGCUCUCGAGAAUGGCCGAACCGAUCAAGCAGAGAUUGGACUUUGUAAAAAGAACAAAACACAAAUCUGGUUGCUGGUGCAUUUGGCUCCGAUCAAAAACGAUAAAGAAAAUGUGGUUCUGUAUCUUUGUCAGUUCAAAGAUAUCACACCACUUAAGCAGCCGCUCGAUGACGAAAAUAAUAAAGGUAUGUGCACUUUCAAUAUUUGA